CCGAUGAAGAAUCAAUUGACGACAUCACGUAAUUAGGUAGAUAGUUGUGAAAUAUGCUGCAAGUAAGAAUUGCAAUAUCAACAAAGUUCGUGAUGUUCAUCCCAUAAGGUUAACCGUAACUUAAACAAGCAAGGCAAGAAAUGGCGAUCCCUCCUCACGUCACGACCUUCCAUACCCUUCCAACCUUUUCAGUGCCAGAAUAUCAACAUUAACAUUAACAUCAACAUCUCAAUAACCUCAUCAACAACCCAUCAUCCAUCAUCCAUCAUCCAUCAUCCAUCAUCCCUCUAAACCUCAAACUCAACAUCAAUCAAUCAAAAGCACCUAGACCUACAAAAAUGGCAACCCGCUUCGCCAUGCGCCGUCUCGCGACCCCGCAAACCUUCCGCAGCUUCUCCACCACCCGUCCAGCAUUCAUCAAAGUGGGUGAUAAAAUCCCCAACCUCAAUACCUUGGUUGAGGAUUCUCCCGGUAACAAAGUAAACUUGAGUGAGCUUACUACUGGAAAAGCGUUGAUUAUUGGGGUACCGGCUGCUUUUAGUAUGUGCUCUUCUUCUUCAAUUGAUUUUUAUGUCACUUUCGUUCUUUGUUGAGAUUUCCGGAUUUGUAUUUUUAUAUUCAUGAACAUUGUUUAUGCUGAGGGAAAAUCUUGGAUAUGCAGAUUUAAAGAGAAAAGGAAUCAAACUUGCUAACUCUAAAUUAGGCCCCUCAUGUUCAAAUUCCCAUAUUCCAGGUUAUAUCAAUCAUCCUAAGCUCAAGGAAGCUGGUGAUGUGUUUGUAGUUGCUGUUAAUGAUCCAUUUGUGUAAGUGAGCAAUCUUGAGGAAUUUGGUUCUCGUUCUCCUAUACUUCUCGCUAGUAGAAUCAUCGGGAAUAUCACGAGAUAUCACAUUAUCACAUGGAUGGAUAUACAGCAAUCGAUUAUACUAAUACUUUUUCUAGCACCAAAGCAUGGGGCUCAACUCUCGAUCCUACUGGUGAAUCUGGUGUAUGUUAUUCUUCCAUCUUUCUAUCUUAUACACCUACCCAUUCUCCCCUGGCCCAAACUAUCCAUCUCCCUUUUCACCUCCUUCCUCCCUGGUCCCCUCGAUGCAUUUCAUCCCAAUCCGCAAUGCCAUCUUCAAAUCAAAUCCCUUUAACCCUAUAAAAAACCCCACUAACCCUCCCCCCAAAGAUCCGCUUCCUCGGCGACCCAACCGCCUCUUUUACAUCCGCCCUUGACCUAACCUUCGACGGUACCUCCAUCUUCGGUGGUCCCCGCAGUAAACGUUACGCCAUGGAAAUCGAAGAUGGAAAGGUUAAGGCUCUUCAUGUUGAACCUGAUAAUACUGGGUUGAAUGGUAUGUAGACUUAAGAUCUUCUUUUGCUAUUCUCUCUUCCUCGCCUUUUUCUUUACCUUCUAUACACCUUCUUCAUUUCAUCCUCAAUGUUUUACUCUCCAUCCGUCUCAUGCGAUCUCUCUCUCCCACAUAAACCCCAGAAAAUACCCCCAAGAAAGCAAAACAAAAAAGCUAACACACACCUUUCCCCAUCUAGUCAGCGCCGCCGAAAAAGUCCUCGGGUAAAGAGAUCAAACCAUACACAUUAAAAUACCCUACCUACAUUACCUACCUAGCUAGCUAGUUAUAAUAAAAUAAAAUAACUACUCCAAACAUCAAACAUCAAAA